GCUAAGGGGGAGGGAUGAGCUGAGGAGCUGUAGUCCAGAAAUCACCCGCGACCUGCAGACAUGGACAAAGUCGUGCGCUGGGGGAUACUGUCCGCCGGCCUCAUCGCCCAUGACUUCACCACUGCCCUGAGGACCCUGCCCCGCUCCGAGCAUCAGGUAGUAGCAGUGGCUGCCAGGGACUUGAGCCGGGCCCAGGACUUCGCCAGAAGACAUGACAUCCCCAAGUCCUACGGCUCUUACGAGGAACUGCUGCGGGACCCUGACGUAGAUGUGGUGUACGUCGGGGCUCAGCACCCACAGCACUUGGGAGCCGUCCUACAGAGCCUGGCUGUGGGCAAGCCAGUGCUGUGUGAGAAGCCUCUUGGAGUCACGGCCUCCGAGGUCCGGGAGAUGGUGGCGGCUGCGCGGACCCGAGGCAUCUUCCUGAUGGAGGCCAUUUGGACACGGUUCUUCCCGGCCACUGACGCGCUGCGGGCUCUGCUGGACCAGGGCGCCCUUGGGGAGCUGCGUCUGGUCCACGCGGAAUUUGGCUCAGAUAUAUGUUCGCAGCUUGAACGCUCUACCAACUGGGCCCAGGCAGGGGGCGGACUGCUGGACCUGGGCAUCUACUGCACCCAGUUCAUCUCCAUGGUGGCCAGGGGCCAGCGGCCUGAAAAGAUCCACGCUGUGGGGCUGCUCCACGAGAAGGGUGUGGAUGACACGGUGACCGUCAUCCUUCGGUACCCUGGUGGCCUUCAGACCUCCUUCAGCUGUAGCAUCACUACUGAACUGUCCAACUCAGCCACUGUGUUUGGAACCAAGGGCAAGGCACAGAUCCCUUCCACCAUGUGGUGCCCCACGGAGCUUGUAUGGAAUGGAAAGCACACCAAGUUCCCAUUGCCCAAGGUUCCAGAUAAAGAGAAGUUCAAUUUCAUCAAUUCCAUUGGCAUGGUCUACGAGGCCCAGCAUGUUCGCCAGUGUCUGCUGCAGGGCCUGAAAGAGAGCCCCAUAAUACCCCUGUCAGAGAGUGAGCUCUUGGCAGACAUCUUGGAGGAAGCGAGGAAGCAGAUUGGGCUCCAAUUCCUCCAGGACAGAUCCUAAACUUCCACAUUAUUUGCUGGUGAAGAAAUUCCCUGCCCAGCGGUUUGUCACUCACAUCUAUCCUUUUCAUCCUGGCCCUGAGUCAUGUCACUGCCCCAGUCUGUGAUGUGAGAGUCCCUGCCUUUCUUAGCCCAGGGAUGUGUUCUGGAAUAAAGAGACACUAGAGUUGUUGGAA